AUGUCUAGUCAACGCUCCUCAAUUCGUAGAGGCUUCUGCAUAUACCAAAAUCCAUAUAAUAAUAAUUCUUCAUCUUCAGUCUCGUCAGUUUCGUCUAUUGAAACACUAGAUAACUCCCCUAAAAUAACCCUCUCACAUCACAAUGAUAAGUUAGUGAAGACACAAUUACAUUUCUUAGAUCAGAAUGGGGUAACGUUAAACUCUAAUACAAAAAAUUUUCCAACAAAAUCAGCAUUUGGAGGUAAACAUCCUUUAUUGACUUCAUUUACAAACGAACAAACUUCAAGACUAAUUAAGAAACACUCUAAUAGUAUAAAUAAUGGUUCUGUUUCUCUAAACUCAUUUGACAACAUAUUACAUAACUCAAAGUCCAACAAGAGGGAUAAUUCUUUGCAACCAUUAACCGCUGCUAUCUCACCAAGAAGUUCUGCCAACCGGAGACACGUGGGACAUAGUUCAAUAAUUUGUGAUGAACAAAAUGAUCUAUUUUUAAAGUAUUUCCAGGAUGCUUUUGAUAUAAGAUUAAAAAAACAUAAACUUGCACCAAAUAUUUCUAAGCUGCGACCACAUUUACGAUUUCUUGGUAAGAAGUAUACGAAGCAUAAAUCAAUCAAACAAAAUUUCCUCAAAGUAGCUUACUCAAAAUCCUAUAAUGAAUAUUUAAAGACACCACUCGUAAAUGGCCUUCAUACUAUUCUUUCUAACUUAAAUACGAGGAUUCAUUCUUCAAGAAAUCUGAAAUUUGAUAAAAUUUUUCAGAUAAGCAAGCUGACGAAGUUAUCUGAUACCGAACUCCUUGUAAUCACAAAUACUAACUCUUCUUUAUUACUCCAUAGUGACUCUACUAUUGGCCAAUCGGAGUUCAAUAAUUAUACUUUGAAGGAAAAGGUUGCGACAAAUUCAAUAUCUAUUUUAAAGAUUACAGAAGAUUUAAAUUGGUAUUUGAAAUGGAAAUUUAUUUAA